GGAAGAUUGUACUGUAGUUGGACAGAGAGAGCACAUUGAGUGGGAGGUAUUUUUUGCCUCGGAAUCCGCGGGCCCGAAAUCCCCGCUCUGCCUAGCGCCAAUGUUUUGCCUAGCGACGGAAUGUCCUUGGCAAUUAUGUCAACACUUCUCCAUCCUGCGCCUUGUCCCUGAUCUUCGUGUACACUACACAUCUAUGAACACAUGGAGCACAGUCAUGGCGAAGCCUUCUGUCAUUGCCAAUCAGACAGUCGAGAUAUCUUGCAUGUCUGUGAACUCAGUGACCGGCCUCCGGGCUUUUGCUUCUUCCACUGGGCAUUUCAAUCUACGACAGACCGAAUGAUUUCUUCUAGGCCGUCACAAAAGCGAGUCAGCCGGAUUUAUAUCACUCCGUGACAUGUUGAUAUAAGAGAUACAAACCCAUCUCGAUCAUCUGUAUUAUUCCCCGAGCCUCAUUGUUGGACCGUUCUCAGUCAAUAUGGAGGAGAAGCUGCCCUCCACCCCGCCUUCUCAAGAAGAAUCCCUUCCGCCAAUGACAGAAGUUGAUGAGCAGCCAAUUGCCACGGAAGAGAAGAAUGGAUCUUUCAAGGAUUUUAUUCGUAUUUUUCAGUACGCCGAUCGAACGUCAUGGAUUCUGAAUGUCAUCUCUUUCAUAACCUCGAUCGGUGCCGGGAUCACGUUGCCAUGGAUGACUCUCGUUUUUGGAGAUUCAGUUGGAGAAUUCAACAAUUUCUCUGCUGCCGACAUUGAUCCUCAAUCUUUUAGAAACACUAUCCUCAACUCCGUGAAACUCUUCGUUUACCUCUUCGUUGCCAAGCUGCUUUUGUCAUAUAUAUCUACAAUCACAAUAUGUAUUUCUGCAAUUAGGACUACACGCGAUCUUCGUCAAGACUUUCUCAGUCACACUUUAAGAAAAGAGACGUGGCAUUUCGACCUGCAAAAUGCCUCAUCCGUUGCGGUACUGGUCACUACCAAUGGUUCCCGCAUCAACAAAGGCGUUGCCGACAAACUAGCAUUCCUGGUUCAGUACCUGGCAAUGUUUUUUGCUGCCUUCAUUGUGGCACUCGCAGUUCAAUGGAAGUUAGCUCUCAUCACAAUGAGUGUCAUACCUGCGAUUUUUGUCAUCACAUUUGGUGUCAUUGCGUUGGAUGCACCAGUCGAAGCCCGAAUCAUGAAAAUAUAUUCAAAAGGCGGAUUUGCUGCACAGGAAGCCAUCUCCACCAUUCGAACGGUUCAUGCCUUUUGGGCACAAUCUAAACUGAUCGCAAAGUACGAUAAGUACCUCAAGGAUGCACACACCGAAGGCAAAAAGAAGUCCAUCUUUUACGGCGUCCUCUUCUCCACCGAGUACUUCUGCGUCUAUUCUGGAAUCGCUCUUGCAUUCUGGAAAGGUUAUAGAAUGUAUAGAAGCGGUGAGAUUGAGUCCGUUGGAACGGUCUUCACAGUCGUGUUCUCAGUCUUGAUUGCUUCGUCCACUAUUUCUGCCAUCGCUCCUCAGUUUCAGACUUUCACGAACGCCGCCGCGGCUGCGUCAGAACUCUUUGAACUGAUCGACUCUCCAUCUUUGCUGGACCCCCUCUCUGAUGACGGCAUCAAGCCUGAUAAGUGUGAAGGGCAUCUGGAAGUAAGAGACUUGAAGUUCUCUUACCCAUCAAGACCUGGCAUCCAAGUUUUGAAUGGGCUGAACAUCUCAAUUCCUGCAGGAAAGACCACUGCUCUUGUUGGAGCAAGUGGAUGUGGCAAGAGCACUUUGAUAGGCUUGCUGGAACGAUGGUAUGAAAGGAAGUCCGGCGAAAUCCUCCUAGAUGGAAAAGAUAUCACUUCCAUCAACACUCGCUGGUUGCGUAGUCAGAUUGGACUAGUCCAACAGGAACCUGUUCUGUUCCAGGGCACGAUAUUCCAGAACGUCGCCAACGGAUUCUUGGAUCAUCAAAAGCUUCUUCCUCGCGAAGAACAAUUGAGAUUGAUCCAACAGGCUUGCGAAACAAGCAAUUCUCACGAGUUCAUCUCUGAGCUCCCAGAGGGCUAUGACACGGAAAUUGGCGAAGCAGCUGGUCUACUCUCCGGCGGCCAGAAGCAGCGAGUCGCAAUCGCUCGAAGCAUAAUCUCGAAUCCAAAAAUCCUGCUCCUCGAUGAAGCAACUAGCGCGCUGGAUCCAAGAGCGGAAGGGAUCGUGCAAGCUGCUUUGGACAAGGUGUCUGCAGACAGAACCACUCUGGUAAUUGCACACAAGCUGGCAACCAUAAAAAAUGCAGACAACAUCGCAGUUAUCUCGUAUGGACGUGUAGUGGAACAAGGCACCCAUGACGAGCUGCUAAAAGCUGGAGGCCAUUAUGCACGACUCGUCGCGGCACAAGACAUCAGCGGAGAGAACGAGGACUCAGAUAAAGAAUCUACAGCCAAUGAGGAACAGGCAGAUAACGGUCUCGCUCAGCAGACUUCUCUUUACAAAACUCAGACACAAGCUAGCGCUGCUGCCAUGGAAGAUGGCUCUGGUACCGUUGGAUACUCACUCUUGAAAUGUAUCUGGAUCAUGUUUGGAGAGCAGAGAGCCCUCUACCCCCACUUUGUCAUAACUGUACUUUGUGCUCUCGCUGCCGGCGCCACAUUUCCAGGCCAGGCGAUUCUCUUCUCCCGAAUCCUCAACGUUUUCACACUCCCACCCAACGAGGCUCAAUCUGAGGCCAACUUCUACGCUCUGAUGUUCUUCAUCAUCGCGCUUGGAAAUCUUGUUGCAUACUUCAUUAUUGGAGUUCUGUGCAAUGUGAUUGGACAAGCCGUGACUUAUCGCUACAGAAAGGAGAUGUUCACGGACAUGCUGAAGCAAGAUAUGGAGUUUUUCAACUUGCCAGGCAAUACCUCCGGAGCUUUGACUUCGAAACUUUCAUCGCUACCCACUCAACUACAGGAUCUUUUGAGCGCCAACAUCCUGCUUAUUUUUAUUGUCUUCGUCAAUGUCAUUUCUAGUAGUAUCCUUGCUAUUGCUUAUGGAUGGAAGCUUGGCUUGGUCAUGGUCUUCGCCGGUCUUCCUCCUCUUCUCGUCUCGGGAUACAUUCGAAUCCGUCUUGAAACAGCCCUCGAGAAGGAAAAUUCAGAGCGCUUUGCUGAGAGUGCCAGCUUGGCCAGUGAGGCAGUCUUGGCAAUCAAGACAGUCUCAUCUCUUACCCUGGAAACCGCUAUUCUGGAGAGAUACAACGAGAAGCUGAGCAGUAUCGUCAAGGUGUCCAUCAAAUCAUUAACAUCUACUAUCGCGUUCUACGCAAUAUCUCAGUCCUUGGAUUUCCUUGUCAUGGCACUUGGCUUUUGGUACGGAUCGCAAUUGCUACUCAAGGGCGAAUACACCAUCACCGAAUUCUACGUCAUCUUCAUCGGUGUUCUGUUUGCAGGCCAGGCAGCUGCACAAUUCUUUUCAUACACAACAAGCAUCACACAAGCAAGCGGGGCUGCGAAUUAUAUUCUCUGGCUGCGAGCCCGCAAACCAGUCAUGCAAGAGACACCUGACAACAUUGACAAAGGACCUGGCGGCGACGGUGGAGAGAUUGCUUUAAGUUCGAUGGGCUUCCAGUAUCCAGGCCGAACCACUCGCGUCCUGAAGGAUAUCAACAUGACGAUCAAGCAUGGCGAGUUCGCUGCUUUCGUCGGCCCAUCUGGUUGUGGUAAGUCCACAAUGGUAAACCUUCUCGAACGCUUCUACGAUCCCACAACCGGCGAAAUCAGCUUCGCAGGCAAACCCAUCCAAACAUACUCCCCUCGUCUCUACCGCCAAAAUAUCUCUCUCGUACAACAAGAACCCACGCUCUACUCCGGCUCGGUCUUCGAGAACGUCUCUCUCGGGCUCGAAGAAGCCGCCACCGAGGCUCAAAUCGUCGAAGCAUGUCGGCAAGCCAACGCCCUCGAAUUCAUCGAGUCUCUACCCGAAGGGUUCCAAACUGCCUGUGGAAACCGUGGUCUCCAAUUCUCGGGUGGCCAGAAGCAGAGAAUUGCUAUCGCACGAGCUUUGAUCAGGAAACCGAGGCUGCUGUUGCUAGAUGAGGCGACGAGUGCACUUGAUACACAGUCAGAAAGGAUUGUCCAGGAUGCGCUGGAUCAGGCGAAGGAGGGAAGGACGACUAUUGCUGUCGCGCAUCGACUGUCAACUAUCAAGCAUGCUGAUAUUAUCUUCGUGUUUGGUGAUGGUAGGGUUGUUGAGAGUGGGACGCAUUCGGAAUUAUUGGCGAUGAAGGGCAGGUAUUACGAUAUGUGUUUAGCGCAAAGUUUAGACAAACAGGUUUGAGUAUUUUAAAGAAAGGGAAAAUCAUUUGUAAUAUGUAUGAAAAUUAUAUGUAAUAAUAGAAUACCUUUCUCCAAGGCUAGUUACAUUUCCUGCUAUGCUGGCU